AUGCAUCUUCCGCUGCGAUGGCUCCUUGUCGUCCCUUAUCUCUCCGCCAGCGUCACUGCCUUCAUUCCCUACACAAUUGAGCUGGACAUCUCCACCGACGACUCCUCCAGUUCUCCUGAGCGUCGCUUCGUGCCCUGGUCCCUCACCGACGGUCUCCAAGAUGACGUCGAGUCGUCCGCCGGCGAAAAGCUGCCGGCGACCUCCAAGACCUUUGAAUUGCGUCGAUUCCCCGUCCUCGACCGUCGCAACAAUCAGUACAAGAUCGUGCGCUCCGAGAACUCGUCUCAGCCCAACACCACGCCCUUCAACCAGGACGGCAACGACCUGUCCUACUUCUCCGCCGUGCAGGUCGGCUCCAAGAACCAAUCGCUCUGGGUGAUGCUGGACACUGGCGGCGCCAACACCUGGCUGUAUGCCUCCGACUGCACCUCCAAGGCCUGCCAGGUGCACAACACCUUCGGCGAGGCCGCCUCCGCCAGCCUGAAGAUGACCAGCGACAAGUGGAAGGUUGGCUACGGCACCGGCACCGUCAGCGGCCUGCUGGGCUCCGACUCCCUCACCAUUGCCAACAUCUCCGUCGACAUGACCUUCGGCCUGGCCUCCCAAGCCUCCGACGAGCUGCAGUCCUACCCCAUGGACGGCAUCAUCGGCCUCGGCCGCGCCAGCAAGGGCGUCUUCGGCCACGACUCGUUCAUGGACGUCGUCGCCAAGCAGAAGCUGCUGCCGUCCAACAUCGUCAGCUUCAGUCUGUCGCGCGGCUCCGCCAAGGUUCAGGACGGCUCUGUCACCUUUGGCGGCGUCGACGACUCCAAGUACAAGGGUGAGAUUAGCUACACGAACACCGUCGGGACCAAGGACCACUGGAAGAUCCCGCUCGACGAUGCCACCGUCGACGGUAGCGCCUGCGGCUUCUCCGGCAAAUCCGCCUUCAUCGACACCGGCACCUCCUACCUCCUGAUCCCGCCGGCCGACGCCAAGGUGCUGAACAACAAGAUUCCCGGCGCCACAGCCCAGGGCGAGCGCAAUUACAUCAUCCCCUGCAACUCCUCCGCCGAGCUGCAGCUGAGCUUCUCCGGCACAAAAUACACCAUAUCGCCCAAGGACUACGUGGGGUCGAAGAGCGGGUCGGGCUGCGUGUCGACGAUCGUGGGCCAUGCGCUGUUCGGGGACGACGUCUGGCUGGUGGGCGAUGUCUUUCUGAAGAACGUGUAUACGGUGUUUGACUACGAUCAGAACCGCAUUGGACUGGCAGAGCGGGCGUACCCGGGCGACGAGGAUUCGAAGGGAGACGACAACUCGAACUCGGACUCCAAAUCGAGCUCCAGCUCCGACUCCAACUCGGGUACGACCUCUGGCUCGGGUACCUCAUCGGCCACCUCGACCGCUACCUCGACGGGAAGCUCGGCCAGCGCCACGGACGCUUCUGGCGAUGCGGCGGGUAUCGUGCCGAGAGUGCCCUGGUCGGUGGUGGCGGUGCUAUGCAUGGUUGGACUGGGGAUGAUUUAG